UGUCUGUGCCCCACCUAUUUUUCGAUCUGGCCGCAUUUUUUUUGGGUGUGUGCGAGUUUCAUUUGUUUACGCUACUAUUCCUCAAAAAAAAAAGAGAAAAAUCACUCCGAUCCAAUUGAGAUCCAAUCAAGAAUAAGGAUAGCACCAUGCGUGAACUCAACAAGCAGCAGUCACAGGACACCACGGACACAAGCGUGGAGAAGGGCGAUUAUCCGCGGGCGACUAAUGGCGUGGUCUUCGGCGCCAUCGUCACUUUCGCCAGCUUCUUCGUGUUGAUGAUGUCCUUCUGUUCGCCCUACUGGAUCGAGUCGUACGAGGAGACGCGCUCCUCCUUUAAGAACAUGGGUCUCUGGCAGUACUGCUUCAAGGACUUUGUGUACCCCAAGUACCCGUUUCUCAAGCAGUUCAAUGGCUGCCACAACAUCUUUUCGCACGACUACUACGUGAUCCGUGCCUACCUUCUACCCGGCUGGCUAAUGGCGGUACAGGGCUUUGUAACCAUGUCCUUUAUCAUUGUGUUUCUCGUGCUUUCCCUGCUCUCGCUGACCAUCAUUCGUCUGCCAUUGAAGGCCGUGCUGCAGUACGAGUGGUUGCUGGUCCGCCUUGCCUACUUGGGUACCGCCGUAUCUUCUCUGUUCAUGUUUUUGGCCGUGUGCAUCUUCGGAGGCUGCGCCUACCGCCGCGACUGGAUGAUGUACCCUAAGUUCAACGUUCUGGGCUGGUCCUACGCUCUGGCCGUGGUCACCUUUAUGCUAUUGGGACUGGCCGCCCUGAUCCUCCAGCGCGAGGCCCGACAGGCCUACGAGGCCCGUGGCGAGCAGAAGAACCUGGUCAUGCAAAUGGAGAUGCAGGAGCCAGGCUACCAGCCGCCACGCCACCACCACAGCCAGUCGCGCAGUCUGCAGGGCUAUAUAUAGGAGUUGAAGACCUGACAGCUCGCAGCUGCCUUUAAUGCAUUCCACUUCUCUUGAAUUCGUAGUUUAAGUUUCCACAAGCAAUCUCGUGCCCCUUUCCAUUGCAACCGACGCCGUCCGAAGUGCCUUCAACGUUAGACUUACUCCCCAAAUUUUAACAAUCGAAUAUAAAUACAUAUUUAUACACGCGAACUCUGACCACCGCUCGAUGCGGCUCGGCUCCGCUCCAUUUAUACUUGACACUUUAUAAUUAUACUAAAAUAAGAGCAAGAUGAAACGUUAGAGCACAGAUUUUAACUUAAAAUUUUAAUUUCUACCUAGGCUCAAAAAUGUAUACAGAAACAAAUAUUACAUACCAUGCCCUUUUAUACAAACUGGUGUGAAGACAAAUCAAUAUUAAAUCAAACGUACUGUAUUAUUUGAAUUUCCAAAAGUUAA